AAAAGCUUCAGAUGGGUCCGAUGGGUCAAGUCAACACAGGCCUUCAAGUUGGGUGGCGUUUGUUUACAUUUCGUUGUGCUUAGGCAGACUUCUCGAAUGCAGUAGUUAUCGACGAUAAUAAUUACAUAGUGUGAUAUUUUGUUGAUUUAGUUAAUUUAGUUUUAGUGAUUCAUUGUUCGUGCAGUAACACAAUGGCAGCUGAAUUUUUAGCUGAAAACAAUGUUUGCGGACAGACAAUAUUGCAGAUAGUAGCCGAGGGAAAUACAAUCAUUUGCGAACUACUGAGAUUGAAAGAAUUAAUACCAGAAGUGUUCCGUCUAAAAACGAAGGAAGACCAGCACAAAUAUGGAGAGAUUAUUAUGGACUUCAGUUAUUUCCAAAUUUCGGAUGCACAGGACGCAAAAAUUGAAGCGGAUGAGAAACUUCAAGCUUUGGACGAAGAAAUUCGAGAGAACUAUCUGGUUAUCCUGAAUCGCUUUUAUAUCGUUUUUGAAAGUAUGCAUAAGUACAUCAAAGAUUUGAACUCUUUUAUAGAGGAGUUGAGCAUGGGAAUGUUCAUUCAACAAUCAAUGGAGAAAGUAUUCCAAGACGAAGAAGGGAAACAGCUAAUGUGCGAAGCCCUCUACUUGUACGGCGUUAUGCUUCUUGUGGUUGAUCUUCAGAUACCUGGUGUGGUACGUGAGCGGCUGCUCGUUGCAUAUAAUCGGUACAGUGCCUUGAAAACCGACGGCGACAGCAACAUCGAUGAGGUUUGCAAACUACUGCGUUCAACCGGAUUCAAUGACGGAAGCGCGUCCAACAUGAAAAAGGUGUUCACUUAUCCAGAGGAUUAUUUCGGCCGAAUUGCUGUCGAUUCAAUCUACAUCGAAAUGGUUAUUGGAAGAUUGCGGUCCGACGACGUCUACAAUCAGAUUGCGGUCUAUCCGUUACCAGAACAUCGUUCGACGGCCUUGGCCAAUCAGGCCGGUAUGCUGUACGUAUGUUUGUUCUUCUCAACGAAAACCCUCCAUGGGCAGGCUGCGAAAAUGCGUGAAAUUGUGGACAAGUUUUUCUCCGAUAACUGGAUCGUGUCGUUCUAUAUGGGGAUUACGGUCAAUCUCCUAAAUGCUUGGGAUCCUUUCAAAGCAGCCAAAUCCGCCUUGCUAAACACGUUCGACACAGUUAACUUGAAGGAAAUUUGCACUAAGCAGAAACGGUUAAUGGAUACAUUGCUAAAUCGCACUAGGAAUAUCCUCAAGGAGGGAAACCUUACAGAGCAAAAGCUUCUGGACAACAUUCCAAAGGUCACGGCUUUAAUCCGCGAAUGCAAUCUGACUGUACGAUGGAUCAUGCUGCAUACUGGCAUGCCAGUUAUCGAUGUAGGAAGCCCGGCAUCAUUGAAAAAAUGUAAACAGGUUAAAGAUCUCAUUGAAGCCGAUAUUGAUUUCAAAGGGAUUGAGUUUUUCGAACUGCUGUUGAACACGGCUCAACUAGAAUCCAAAAUAAAAGACAUUCUCAAGAAGCUGUUAGACGAACGGUUGGAAAGAUGGGAUAAUUUUAAAAAGGAAGCAUGCGAACGUAUCCAAGAUCUGGCAGAUGCGUAUUCUGGAGGAAAGCCUUUUGGCAAGCUUAAGAAAAAUGUCAGUUUAAGCAAAUGGUUUUUGAAUAUCCGUAAUGAAAUUGAUACGCUGAGCAAUGAUGAUAAACAAUUAAGCAUUUCAGGGCGAACAAUCAUACAGUUGAUUCAAGCUUUGGAAGAAGUACAGGACUUCCACGACUUGAGUAAAAAUAUGCAAGUUAAACAGAACAUUGUGGAAACUCGGCAAUAUCUUCACCAAAUGUUCCAUACAAUCAGCAUUAAAGAGGACGAUUUGAUAAAUUUACAACUGAUUGGAGAUUUCAGCUACGCUUGGCGGUUGAUAGAUAGUUACACUCCAAUGAUGCAAGAAAACAUAAAAAAGAAUCCCAGUUUAGUCAUCAAACUUCGAUCUACAUUUCUGAAAUUAGCUUCUGCUCUGGAAAUCCCCUUAUUGCGGCUGAAUCAAGCAGAAAGUGAAGAUCUGAUGGACGUGUCCAAAUAUUAUAGCAAUGAGCUCGCUAACUUCGUUCGUAAGGUUGUACAAAUUAUCCCGGAGACCAUGUUUACGAUCUUGGCUCAAAUUAUUGACUUACAAACUAAUGUCAUCAAGCAAAUUCCAAUGAGAUUAGAGAAGGAAAAAAUGAAAGAAUAUGCACAGCUCGAUGAGCGUUUUGUCAUUGCAAAACUAACCUACUCGGUAUCAACAUUCACCGAAGGCAUUCUAGCAAUGAAAACCACACUUGUAGGAGUGGUUGAACUCGAUCCGAAACAACUGCUGGAAGACGGCAUCAGGAAGGAGUUCGUUAAGAACGUUUCGGAUGCGUUCCAUAGUAAUUUAACUUUUAAUCCGAAAGCGAAAGAAUCGGAGCUGGAAGCAAAGCUUGCCAUUCUCAAUCGAAUUAUCGACGGUUAUAAACGUUCGUUUGAAUAUGUUCAGGAUUAUCUAAAUAUACAUUGCCUUCGGAUAUGGAACGAAGAAAUGCAACGCAUUAUUAAUUUUAACGUUCAAAGAGAAUGCAACCCUUUGAUGAAGAACAAAAUUUCGGAGUGGAAUUCGGAAUAUCAGAACGAUACCAUACCGAUUCCUAGUUAUGAACCAGUGGACAUGGCCUCGAUUACAUUCAUCGGGCGGCUAGCUCGUGAAGUUCUGCGAAUUACUGAUCCCAAAGUAACAACCUACAUCGAUAUUUGCUCUACAUGGUAUGAUCACAAAACCCAAAAAGCUGUACUGACAAACAAGUUUACCAGCCGUAUAAAUGAAACCUUUGGUCCCCCUGGCCUGGUUGGAUUGGACAAACUGUACUCUUUUUUGAUCACAUCUGAGCUAGAAAAUUUUCUACAAACGAUUCAACGAAAACUGCAACACGAACCUACGUGGUAUGAUGCUUUGCAUAACGUGGAAUCCGAACUACAUAAAACGGAUUUUGUUGAGAAUCCUUCCAAAACCUAUGCCAACUUAACAACAACCUUCACCCGCAUUUGGCCACAACUGCAAGAAUGGAUACUGAAAAUCGGCCAGAAGCAGAUCCUACGGACGCAUAUCGCAUUUGAACUCAACUGUAGCUGCAAGGUUAAAUCUACAAAACUGGAGCUAUCGCUCAGGGCUUUAAACGACGCAAUUCUUAUGGAUGUCAAACGACACACGCUGGAUGAAGCAAAACCCUUACCGAGCGCUGAUCUUGUAUUCGAAUUGAAUCGAUAUUUGGAAUGCGCUGGUUUGUACAAUCCAUACCGCAAAAAGUACAUCAUUACAAAAAGUCCCAGGUUCUUACCGCUAUUGGCUUUUCUAUUUGUGAUUGCGCAUCUACCACGGUUCCAGUAUAUGAGAAAUGUAGACAGUUUGAUCGUGAAGAAAAAGAAUGACCCUGUCGAUGGCUUCCCCAGCGUGAUUGGGCUGUUAACGCUAUUCAGGCAGUUUGACGCAGCAGAAAUGGACAUCUUUAUUCAGUAUUUGUGCCAAUAUGUGAUGUCCUUUGUGGACAUAAAUCUAAAAGCAAAGCAGGAGAUUUGUCAAGAAGCGGUGAUAACCCUUCGUUUUCUAGAGAUGUUCACGCGUGUGGCGGAGGUCGAGCGAAAACACCUGGAGCGAUACAUUCCGGAUUCGGUGCUGAAUCAGUACGAUUUUUUAUCCGGAGGAAAAACGUCUUGACCUCCAGUCGAUUGGUGGUGCCUUUGGAAUUAAAUCUGUUUGUUAUUAUGAAAUAAAACAUGUUUGUAUCAUUUCGUUUCCCGAAGUAUAAAAUAAAAUUAAUUAAAUUCUUUUUAUUUAUGCCCACAAAGUUA